UUAGUCGAAAACCAAAGCGCGUUUUUCCCUCCUUCUCCUGGACUGGUAUCUGCUUUAGAAGAAGCUUGAGGCUGUAAAACAUUUGAAGUCUGGGACAAAGACGCAAAGCCGCUUAUUGUGAUUUCCGGCCACCUCAGAGACACCGAGUGUGUGGAUUCAUUCAUAUUCGUUGACUGGCUCACAGGACUAACUGUAAGAUUUGCGGUCUUGAUUGUGGCUUGUGUGAGAUGAUGGCCGCCUACCUGGGCCUGGAGGAGAACACCACGGGCCUGAUGGACACCAGCAGCAAGGCAGAGAAAGAGCAAAGUAAGAACGAAAGUGUGGCAGUGAAAAGUGCAGAGAAAGCGGACGCCACGCAAAAGCCGCCGUACUCUUACGUGGCGCUGAUUGCGAUGGCGAUCCGGGACAGUUCAGAGAAGCGGCUGACUCUGUCAGGGAUUUACCAGUACAUCAUCAGUAAAUUCCCCUUCUACGAGAAGAAUAAGAAAGGCUGGCAGAACAGCAUCCGACACAACCUGUCACUGAACGAGUGCUUCAUUAAGGUUCCCCGGGAGGGCGGUGGAGAAAGGAAGGGUAACUACUGGACCCUGGACCCUGCGUGUGAGGACAUGUUCGAGAAGGGGAACUACCGACGGCGGCGGCGCAUGAAGAGGCCGUUCAGACCUCCACCGGCGCACUUCCAACCCGGGAAAUCUUUUUUUGGUGGGGACAGUUACGGUUAUCUGUCCCCGCCGAAAUAUUUACAGCAUGGCUUCAUGAACAACUCGUGGUCUCUGGCGCAACCUCCAGCGCCCAUGCCGUACACGUCGUGCCAAAUGGCGAGUGGGAACGUGAGUCCGGUCAACGUCAAAGGCUUGUCUGGGCACUCUUCGUACAACCCUUACUCUCGGAUGCAAACCAUGACCCUGCCUGGGAUAGUCAAUUCGUAUAAUGGCAUGAGUAGUCACCACCACACGCACCAGCACCAUCAGCAGCUCAGUCCAGCUGCGUCUCCACCAGUUUCCACUGGAAACGGCACUGGGCUUCAGUUCGCGUGCUCGCGGCAGCCCACAGAGCUGCCCAUGAUGCACUGCCCUUACUGGGAACACGAAGGCAAACACUCCGCCCUGCACACACGGAUCGAUAUAUAGACUUGUGGUUAUAAAGAUGCUUUUCUGUCUCUCAAGACUGUUCUGUCAGGACGUGAGUGGAAGCCCAACUCAGACUGGUGUGAUGUUGUGCUUCUUAUUUCUGCCGCAGAAUGGAUUAAAAUGGGCAAGAAAAUUCAAACUUUUUUUUUCCCUCCCCUGUGUCGCUAUCAUACAUUUAAAACAAAUAUACUUUCAUGUCAUUAAUGUCUGACGUUUCAAAUUCAAAAGGGUCAAACGUUUGAGCAACCGGUUUUCAACGCAUCAUACUCCUGAAGUGACACCAGUGAUUUUAGGGAUAUUUAAUAUAUUUAAAAAAAAAAAAAAAAAAACAGCAGUUCAAUAAAACUGACAAAGUGAACUGAAGAAGGCCAAGAAUUACAAGUCAGUCAGCACAAUGUGGACCUGAAGCCCACUCUCAGUAUGGAUUACUACAGGCUGCAUUAGGACACAGCAGUGAACGAAGCAGCACCUGAGCAGAAAGUGACACAAUGCACCCGCAUGGAUAACCCAGUCAGGGGGUGGGGUGCGUGGUGCAUGUUGGGAAUUCACCGAAACAGCAGUGCUUCAGUGCUGCAAAACAGCAACAAUAACUAUUCUUUCCUGUUACUUAAACAUUUACAGCAAGAUAUGAUUUUUUUUUUUAUUUCUAAAUAUAGCUAUCAUGUAAGGAAGUCAGUAAGUAAGUAAACUAAGUAUGAAGAAAGAAAGAAAGAAAGAAAGAAAGAAAGAAAGAAAGAAAGAAAGACGUACAUACUGUACUCAACUAUCUCUGUUUUGUUUUUUGUUUUGUUUUUUGGGUUUUUUUUUCAUUACCCACAAUGGCUUUUGGAAAUUCUUGAAGGCUUACAUACAUGUGUUCUUACUUAUGUGUGUAACUUAUCCCCCCAUACUGCUACAUUACACACUACGGUGUGUGGUGGUGUUUAGCUGUGAAUAUCGUUUGCUUGAAUGCCAUUACCAAAGAGGCUCUAGACUUUUGACUUCACCGAUCUGUUUUAUGCCGAGCUGAUUCUACAUAUUAAACCAGUAUAGGCAGCGCUUAGUUUAUUGAUCUGGAAUCAGACUGACCUUUUCUGGAUCAUGAUGCUACAAGAUACCACUGCACUGAUGGUAUACAUGUCUUUGUAGACAUUAGAUGGGGCAGUGGGAUGGACGGGUGGGUGUUUCUUUGUGGUUAAAUGGUGGACAUUAGGAAGAUCACUAUCUUCAGUUUCAGUGCCUUGACAUUUCUGUUAAGAAAGGUUUUAUGAAUUACUUGUAAAAUAUAAUCUAUUUUGGAUAUACUUGACCCUACUGAUCUAUUGAUCACUUCUCCUUCUCCUACUGUGGGCUCUACUAAUGUGGCAUAUCAUUUGAAAAUUAUGGAUCAAAGCAGUUGUGAUCAAUCUUAUACUGGCAUUUAAGCUGUUUUCAGCAUCAGCCAAAUGAAUAAUUGCAAAUAACAAAAUGUUCAUAACAUAUGCAGUACAUAUGUGCUCUAUCCAGGCUUGUAGUACUCCAACUCAUGCCCUAAUUUUAAGGACUCGUGACUUGACUUGGACUUGUGCAAUAAUUGCAUUCGGAUUCAUAAAUUGGAGAUGAGGACUUGGAUUUUUUCUUUAUAUUUUGUAACAUGCCAUAAUAAUUUGGCAUAAUAUAUUUAUAUCUACAUUAAUUUUUGUACUAAUUUCAUGCAAGAGUGCCACACCUGCGUGCCUUGGCGUGUGUAUCAGAUAGACUCUCGGGCGCGCUCCGGACAGUGCCCACGCCAAGCGGACUCUCGCGUGCGCACCGUAAACAACGCAUACCUGCACAGGAUUAAGGCACAAUUAGCACACCUAUAACAAAAACUGUGAAAACACACUUACUUUGUGAAGUAUUGAAUUGCACUGCUGACACAUUACCGAGCCUUAUUUCCUUGUUUGGUUUCCUGAUCCCUGAUUUCCUGUUUCUCGUCUUUGAUUCUGCCAAGUCUAUGAUAGCCUGUUUGUGCCUCGCUCUACCUAUUGCCUGUUUCACCGUUUUACGAUUUUAUCUGCCGUUCUGGAUUGUUUACCUGUCUUCACUUGUAUUAAUACACACACCUUCUGCACUCAUAUCCAUCUCCCAAGCAUCUCUGACAGAAUACUUCACACUCCCUGACAAAGAGAAUGCACAUUCACCUGUUCAUAUGUCAUGUUCAGGAACAAACUAAUGGUAAUGGUGCUAAAACAGCCACCGUUAAAUAGUGCGGUUGGAGUGUUGGACUCGACUCGAAAUUUCUUUAAUGAUUUGGACUUGACUCAGACUUGAACACUGGGGACUGGACUCGGACUCGAGGUUUAGUGACUCGGCUACAACACUGGCUCUCUCUAAUAUGACAGAUUGUGAGCAGAUCAGGUUGGGCCACAUGCUUGCACUGAGUGCAUAUUGUGUCACAUGUAGCAGAUGUUGGCAAUAUAUUUUACUGUUAGCAUUAGAACAUUCUAGUUACAGGAGUUAUAUCUCUAGUUUGCAGAAAUUGAGUCCUCUGUAGGGGAGCUGACUGCCAUCUUGCUUCAAGUGGUGGGACACUUAGGUCAAGAUAUUGGGCAACUCUCCACCAACUAGAUUUAUGUACAAUGUCAAAUCCUAUUACCACAAUCUGCCCUAUUCAAAGUGCACUUAAUGCAGCCUAGUUGAGUGUUCCAAUGCCCACAAAAGUACUUAACGCAAACCUUAGGAAGGCAUGCCUCAAGCUGUUAGCAAAUGGGGCCAAGUCAUGAGCCAGGCCUUACACAGCACUUCUCCACCACUAAAGGGCCCUGCUAAGUUCACCCAAGAGUUUCAUCAGGUGGCCCAAUCUAUGGUUAACCUCACUGAGAACUUGCAUACCAGAGCUAUACUAUGGUGCAGCAGAUGCUUUAUUGAGGGGCAACCCAGCUUUGGGAAAGGUCUGGCAAGUGGGCCUCUUUACCAUUGCUAAGUUUAUAUAUUACCGAUUGUGGAUUUCCCUGUUGAAGCCAGGCAGUAUGCUUGAACAGAAUGCAUGACUACAUGAAUCCAUGACUGACGUGACCAUGUACAAUAUACCUUUUGUCCUCUACUGCUAAUACAGACCCAGGAUCCUGAUUAUGAUCUCAAGAUGGCUGUCAAUACCUUGGUUUUCACUACAGCUUUUCAUAGUAGGAAUACCUUGGCAGCUUCCUUCCCAUGUAGAUCUGCUGUUCAAAACAGACAGGGAGAUUAACCCAGCCAGGUCACUGGUAUCUGUGGGUUUUGAUCUUCAGAAUGAAUUCCCAAAUGAGUUAGAAAUGUUUCUAAUAUCCUAAUAAAUCCAAUGCUAAUCACUCCAUUUCCAAAAGAUGCUGCAAAAAGCAGAAGACUAUUUGCACAGUGUCUUUUGAAUUCGAGUGCUUCUAAACAUAAAAAAAUGAAUAUUUUUGAAUAUUUAUGAAUAUAAUUAAUGAAUUAAUAUUAUGACGCAGUGUCUCAGAAAUCCAGUCACAUUAGCUUAUAUUAACCAGCUGGCUAGUAGAAAGCAAUGCAUCCAUCCAUCCAUCCAUCCAUCCAUCCAUCCAUCUCUAUUGCUUAUUCUUCAAUUGCACGUGACAUCAUAGCUAAUUAUGCAUGAGGCAUUGAACAGGAAGUGGGCCAUUUUGGAGGAUAUACACAAACGCACGUGGUGCACAUUUACUAUAGAAGAUAUGCUCGAGAGGUUGUUACACUCAAGAAUCCCUUUAGUUUCUUUGCUAUGCCUACUCUUUGUGCUGUAAUUGGAUGCAGGCACAACUUUAUUUGAGACAAGGGGACUUAUAAGUUCUUUAGAAUUCCAGCAAUUAUAAAUAAUCAAGGAGAAAAAACAAGAGAGUUGUCCACGGAGCGUAGACGUCAAUGGCUGUCCAACGGCUGAUCGAAGCGAUGAAAAAGAAAAAACCACAUGAGUCGGCAGUGAACAUUUUAUCAAUGGUAAGCGCUACGAAUUAGUUAUUAAUGAAAGAUCACAGUAUAUAAGAAAUAUUGGAUCGUUUAAUAGCCUGGUCGUGCAGAAACUCACCACUGUCAAACGUGACAAAGCCGUGAUCAUCGAGUGUGUGAGCCAACAAUCAAAGGCUUCUAUGAUUAUUUCAUUUUAAAAAGAGCUGUAUAUAAUUUUUGAUGACACUGCUUUUAUUUUGCUUUUUCUUUCCAUUAGGGAAAUCAGCUGAUCUCUACAAGUUUACGGAUCCAGACUGGGCUCCAACACAAAAUAUGGACCACAACAAAAUCAAAGAUGGUACUAAAGCAGUAGCUUGAAAUGCGUGGCUUACAGAGCACAGAAAGAAACACAAAAUUAUUGAAGAAUCUUCCCAAACAAUCACAGAGUCAAUUGAACAAGAUUCAUGUCAAUCCACUUCCUCAAAUACUGCAGCCUCCCCACCCGGUGAGGGCUCUUUUAUAACUAAAUAUGUUAGAUAGUGUGUUAGAUACCUAUCUUCUGAAGCAGUCAAAAAUGAUUGUUUUUACAAUAGAUUUGAGAAAUGACUACAAGCGUCUAAAUGUAAAGCCCAGCGCACACCUUCCCGAUUUCAUCGGGGCUUCGUGUGUCGGGCAAUCAGUUACGAAUAUACGGGCCUGAUUUGAUCGGUUCAAAAUUCCCUGCACACAUUUGCGAGACAUCGUACACGUUCAGCCUGAAUAGAUGGUCAAGUGUUCAAGAUAUCAUGUGAUAGUACAAAAUUAUAUACAUACAUACAUACAUACAUACAUACAUACAUACAUACAUACAUACUAGGGGUGUGCAAAAAUAUCGAUACGGCGAUAUAUCGCGAUACUUUGUCUUCCGAUUCAAUAUCGAUACUCAAAAUUUGAAUAUCGAUAUUUUUUCAAAUAAUAAAAUCAUGUUUCAGACGGGUUGUAAAUCCAGCAUGACUUCCGCACCUCCGCUCCGCGAGGUGUCGCUGUGCCGCUACCUCACUGCAAGGCACUCUUCGUCUUCUCUUUUUUCCCCGGCGGUUGCAGUGAGGAAAAAAAACAGGCAAGCAUGGCUGUUCACGUAAACCUAGAGACGCCGCCGAACUUUAAGGCAGAUGUUUGGAGGCACUUUGGAUUCCAAAGGAAAGGAGAAAAAAAAACAGUGAGCCAGACAAAGAGAAUGCACUUUGCAAAACCUGUUUCGCUCCAAUUAAAUUAAGAUGCUCCAAUUAAGAUGCCCACUGCACUUUUCAAUGUGUUUCAGACAGUGCGUUGUUCCUGCAAAAUAAGCACAAGUUAAAUGUUCUCCGGUAUAUGUUCUCAAGUUUACAAAGAACAAAUUGAUAUUAGUGUUAGCACUGAAAUGUAUGUGCAGUCUGCAGUGCAAGUUUUAAGUUUUCAUAAAACAAUUUGAUUCUGCUUGUUAAGCAGCACUGAUGUGUCCAUGCUUACAGAAAAGUUGAUAAUACUAGCACAGAAAUGGGAAUUUUCUGUAUGUUGUAGUGAAGCAACUCUUGGUUUUGCCAGCAGUGGAAUAGAGACAAAUAUAUGUCUGGCAAGAGUGUGU